AUGCGUUUCACUAGCAUUUUCGCUGUUCUGGCCGCCUCGGUCGUCGCCGCUCAGUCUCAGUCUUCGGACGAAACCACCACCACUUUGACCCAGACCACUACCAAGACCAUCACCAUCACCAAGUGCAACCCGACCAACACCGCCUGCCCCCUGUACACCCCGACCUCGACGAUUCUGCCCACCAUCAACUCGACCACCACUACUUCGACAUCCCCAUCGUCGUCUUCGUCGUCCUCCUCGUCCUCGUCUCACUACUACCCGGCGUCCAACUCUACCACCUUCGCCGGCCCUACUGCUUCUGCUCCUUGGACCAAGUCAAGUGUUGUCCCCAUCAAGACCUCGGCCGGCUCUCCUGGCGCCCCCGCUGCUUCUGUCUCGACUGCUCCCAACGCUGGUUCUGGCAUUUAUGUCCAGAGCGGCCUGCUGGCGGCGGUUGUCGGUCUUGCCAUGGCUCUCAACUAA